AUGAGCACUGAGGGUUAUCUAACGGAGGAUGCAAGCAAAUUUGCUACUUACAAGCCAUUGAUUGAUGCGUAUAACAAGGAUUCGUUGGAUCAAGUGAGAGCAUUUGACCCGAAAUUCUAUGAAUCGUGUGUGGCCGCAAUUCCUGAUGCCGCGACGUUAGACUCGGAGCCCAUCGAUGCACGCAAAUUUCUGAACUUGUUGAGUGAAGAUGAACAGCGUAUCGUCAACGAUCUCACGAUCUCAGACCUCACUUCAAAGCAGCUCGCAGGCGAACUGACUGCAGAAAUAAUUGCCAGGGCAUACAUCAAAUCCGCAAUUGUCGCACAACUUGCUACCAACUGUGUGAUGCAGUUUUUGAUCCCUGAAGCUCUAUCGAGAGCCAAGGAGCUCGAUGCUUACCGCGAGACGCAUCAGAAGCUUGUUGGCCCGCUGCAUGGUGUUCCAGUGUCUCUUAAAGAGCAGAUGAAUUAUAAGGGUAAGGCUACCCACGCUUCUUACGUCUCUUAUAUUAACAACAUCCCAGAGAACAGUGCCGUGAGCGUUGAUAUCUUGCACAAGCUAGGAGCCGUGUUUCAUGCCAGAACUGCGCAACCACAGGCUAUCAUGCAUCUGGAUACUUGGAAUAACAUUACUGGCAGAACCAGAAAUCCAUGUUCAACGCGCCUAUCGCCCGGUGGUUCCUCUGGUGGUGAGUCUGCCAUGGUUGCCAUGCACGGAUCCGUAAUUGGUCAAGGUAGUGAUAUCGGUGGGAGUAUUCGAGCGCCAGCGGCCUUUGCAAACCUUUACGGUAUAAGACCAACAACGAGACGUAUUUCUCUCAUGAACGGUCUGUCUGGUGGUAAAGGUCAAGAAUCGAUUGUUGCAGUGCAAGGUCCGCUAGCAAGAUCGAUUGAUGAAUUAGACUUGUUCAUGAAAUCUUACAUCAACCAAGGUAAGCCUUGGUUGUACGACCCCUUGUGUGUUCCAGUUCCUUGGCGUGAACCAGAAUUACCUGCUAAGAUCAAAAUUGGUGUGCUGUAUCAGGACAAUCUUGUCACCCCAUAUCCUGCCAUCACCAGAGCUAUGAAAGAGACUGUUGCAAAACUAGCGGAAAGUCCCGAUAUUGAAAUUAUCGAUUUGACUCCUCAAUGGUAUUCCGAGGAGGAAAUGUUUGACAUCAACUUUGCAAUUGAGUCCUUGUACACUUGUGAUGGUAACAAGGUGCAAUUAGGCAUGUUCGAACCCAGUGGUGAGCCAUUGCUUCCAUUGACUAGGCACUUUCUCAACUUCGGAGGCGGCAAAGAGUUAUCCAUUUAUGACAAUAGAAUGUUAAAUGCGAAGAGAGAUGCUCUCAAGACUGAAAUGUUGCAAAAGUAUUUCAGUAAGGUAGAUUUCAUCCUUUCUCCUACCUAUUUAGCACCUGCUGAAAUGCCUAAGCAAUCACUAUACUGGGGCUACACUUCAUUCUGGAAUCUGCUCGACUAUCCUAAUGUCGUAUUUCCUACAGGCAUUUCCCACAGCGUGGACAAAGAUACUGAAGUUCCAACUUUGAAGGCGAACAAAUAUGAAAAGAUGGUUUGGUUAAACCCAUCCGACGGAAGUGUUAAGUACGAUGCCCAGAAUUAUGAGGGCGGUCCAGUUGCAUUGCAGCUGACAGGCAAACGUUUCUGCGACGAAGAUGUCGUAGCUUUGACUAAAAAGAUUUCUGAUAUCUUGAAGGUCACUAGAAGGUGA